AAUAAUGGAAAAUCUAAAGUUAUUCUGGGAGAUUAAGAUGGAAGCUGGAAAGUUUGAUGUUUAUGUUGAAUGCUUGUUUUUACUUAAUCUAACUGAAAUGUUCAUUGAACAUCAGUGUGAUUUGGCUCCACAAAUUUUGGUGAAUUUGGCAUGAUUAAUCAAAUAUUUUGUUGGGCAAAAGUUCUCAAUUACUAGAUAUUGAAGAGUGUACAAGACAGUUCCUCCUAAGACCUGUUGUUUGCUUCAAUUGCUUGGCGAUGAGAGAUAUUUACCAUGGAUGGAAGUAAUUGGAGAUUGUAAUUCGGGACAGUAGGAAGGAUACUUUUGAGAUCAGUUAAAACUUCUUCCUUGGUUACAGUGAGUUGGCAGUGGCAUCUGAAGAACUAAUGCUUCAAAGUACUACAUCUUCAAUAUGUAUCAUGCAGAAGGGUAUUGUCGGUUGACAUUUUUAUCUUAUAGCAAACUUCAAUAUAUUUGACAAAGAAGGGGAUUGGGGCAUGAGAAUUUCACUCAUGUAGCAUACUUGCAAUUCUAAGUAUGAAUACAUCACUCUUAGCAGCAUUUCCUUCAUUGGAAGAAAAUUUUGGCCUUUGAGUAUUUAUCUACUUGAUCCUGUUCAUCUGAUUCAUCAUAUUUGCAGUUAUAUGGAUAUAAACAUCUGACAUGUAUUUCAACCAAGAAAGGUCUCUUGCUUUCGGAGUCAAUGCGCAUAAUAAGGAAAACAUCAGAGAGUUCCUCAACUUUCUGCAAGCUAGAGCUGGAGAACUUCUGAAGACAGGUCACUCCGGUGAAACGAUAAUUCUAAUGCUUGUUGGAAUACCUAAUGUAGGCAAGUCUGCCCUCGCCAAUGCACUGCACCAAGUUGGAAGGAUAAGCGCUCUAGAGAAAGGGAAGUCAAAGCAUGCCACCGUGAGUCCACAACCAGGGGAGACAAAAAAUAUAAGCAGCUUAAAGAUUGCCAGUCAUCUGAAUAUCUACGUCUUGGACACUCCUGGUAUCUUGCCUCCAGAGAUUUUUGGUGACGAACUGUGCUCUAAACUAGCUUUAAUAGGAGCUAUCAGGGACUGCAUUGUUGGGAAAAAUGAUUUAGCUCAUUACUUUCUUGCCGUUCUUAAUUUGAGCCAAGAAUAUAAGAAAUGGUUGAAGUUUUCUGCCAUGGAGAAUGUUAGAUCAUCAAUUUAUCAGGAAGAGGAGCUUUCUGAGAGCUCUCACAUGGACAAGAGGCAAUAUGCAACUGAUCACACACAGGAUUUCAUUGUAAAUGAUGUUCGGCGAACUCUUUUUGAAGCUGUUUCAACUUUCAGCGGAGAUCUGGAAAAUGAUAAGUAUUUGGAACAGCUCAUUGAAGUAGAGUCCAGAAUGUUACGAAAUGCCUUUCGUAUUACUCAAUCUGGAGCGGAUGGUCAUACUAAAUUUGCUAUUAAAUUAUUGGAUCUGUGUCGCACAGGAAGGCUUGGUCAUUAUGUUUUAGAUGAUAUUCCAAGGAUUUCCUGAGAAUAUAAACCUGGCCAUCUUUUUCUUGCACUUUUUAUUUUUCACUUUUCUUG